AUGGAUAGCCGUCUAUAUGGAUUGUUCAGUGAAAAUUUGUCUGUGAUAUUAAUUAUAUUAACAACUUUAGGAAUUUGGUUCAGUUUCUUUCGAAAGCCACGUGGUAUUCCACCUGGACCUAAUUGGACCUUGCCUUUAUUGGGCGAUCUUCUCAGCAUUGCUAAUCCAGAUGAUGGUGGGGAUUCCAGACUACCAUUCAGACGAUUAAGAAAAAAGUAUGGAGAUAUUUUCAGUGUAUAUUUGGGUCCCAGGUUGGUCGUUGUAUUCAAUGGGUAUAAAACAAUUAAAGACGCAUGUAUCAAUAAUGCCGAUGUCACUUCACACAGACCAGAUAUUGUUACAUUUAAAGUAAUAGCACGACAAAAGGGUUUGUUUGCAUCAAGUGGAGACGAUUCAAAAGAGCAACGAAAAGCUGUUACGGAAGUAUUUCGAUUGAUCGGAAAAGCUAAUUUAGAAGAAAAAAUUCAAGGAGAAAUCGAAUGCUUCACUGAACAUAUACGCAAAUUCGAUGGUAAAAAUAUCAAUAUCAUCACACUUGUUCAGGCGUCAAUUGCAAACGUUAUUGGAUCUGUAGUUUUUGGAAAAAGAUUCGAAUACGAUGACGAAUUAUUCAAAAAUUUCUUGUACAAAAUGGAAGAAAAUAUGACAACUCUGGGUGGAACUAACAUCAUUACUUACUUUGAAUUCUUACGACAUCUUCCUGGUGACUUAUUUGGAAUUAAAAAGGUCCUAAAUAAUGUAAAAUAUGUUCAAGACAAAAUCAUUAUACCUUCCAUCGAUGAUCACAUCAAACAUUUUGACGACAACAAUACCCACGACUUCAUCAGCGCAUAUAUCAAACAAAUGAACAAAGUUGACAAGACUCGUCAACAAAGAACAGCAGUAGACAGAGAAAAUCUACUUGUGAACGUUGUCGACCUUUUUGUUGCUGGUACGGAUACAACAGCUGCAACAAUUUCUUGGACAAUUCUUUUAUUUCUGCAUCAUCCACGUGUGUACGACAAAUGCUGCAAGGAAGUACAAGAAGUCGUUGGGAUUGGACGCAGACCAACAAUGAAGGACAGACCUACCAUGCCUUAUGUUGAAGCCACCAUUAUGGAGGUCUUACGUUACUUUAAUAUUGGAUUGCUUGGGGGACCACACGCCGCUAGCGAGGAUACAUAUAUUGGUGGAUAUUACAUCCCGAAAGGGACCAUGCUCUUGUUUAAUCUGGAUUCAGUUUUAUGUGUCGACGAAGAACCAUGGGGUGAUGUGAAAGCAUUUAGACCGGAAAGAUUUCUCAAUUCAACUGGUGACGGGGUCAAAUUAUAUGAGGAAUUUAUUCCAUUUUCACUUGGUCGAAGAGUUUGUAUUGGUGAAUCUUUAGCUAGAAUGGAGUUAUUUUUACUGAUAACAACUUUGAUUCAACAUUUUGAUCUGCAACCAGCAACACCAAAUGACAUUCCGCCGCUAAAGGGGAUGACAGGUCUUACACACAGCCCAAAACAUUUUGAAAUCAGAGCAAUACCCAGAUAAACGCUUGUUUGGUGAAUUGUUUUGGACAUAUGCAACGGAUAUUUUUGUAUACAAUUGUGGCCGAUUUUCAUAUUUAAUCAUCUUGUACCAUUUAUUAGAACUGCUUCCUAUUUUUAAACAAG